GCCUUCUCUAACAAUGCAUUUUUACCUUUCUCAGGCUCUGCCUUCUGUCUGGGUGGGAACAACACAAGUCUUUCAAGUUGUAAGAUUGGUGACUCAAUUACUAAAGAUAUUGGGACACUGAUGAGCACUGUGACCAAGAAUGUUGCCAAUGAAUAAAAGAUCUGAGAUGGACCAUCAAAGUAUAAUGAGCCUUUAGAUUGCAUAAAGAACCAUCCAAGUACAUUAACAUGAAUUAACCCAGAGUGCACAUAGUUUGCCUCCAAAUAUAUUCUUGAUCAGAGUGAGUCUUCCGACAAACAUUGGAGCUAGAAAGAAUCCAAGAGCAGCAACGAAAGUAGAUCUAUGGAAGCCAUUGAAGAAGUCAUUAGGGAUCUGGCUGAUCUUCCUCUCCUCUGGCUCCAUUAACUCAACACUAGGGAACAGAAUAAAGAAGAGCAUGAGUGUAGA